GCGUCUUUUUGCGUCAUCAAAAGGCGACUAUGUUCAGCUGUAAACUUCGGGCAGGGAGUCGUAAAGGCAUGGGAAAACACUCCAGAAAUGUUAAGAUUUUUCAGAUUUAUCUAGAUCGCACAGAGUUAUAUUGAACAUGUGCGUUGCUCAUGUUCAGCAUGUUGUUCUCACGCCAUAAAGCAGGCAUCAAUGAUCUACAACCCGCUAAAUGUUGAGUAUAUUAAACCCUAUAUUUGGGGUUGUAGACAUUUAAGACGCUCGUGACAUUCAGAUGGCUGUUAAACGAGUCUAACUGAAUGUAACGUAGCUAGUAUGCAGGAUUACAGUGUGUUGAGGGAGAUCAUUUUGUAGCUGCUUUCAGGGCCUUGUGGAGAAAGAAAGAUGGUGCUGUCUUUGGUGAACCUGUGCGCUCGGGAGGUGGUGAGCGACCACAGCUCUUCGCAGGAUUGGUUGAGUUGUGUGCCGCGGGAGCUCUACCGAGCGUUGCUGGACGCCGCCUUCACCCGCUGCUGUCCUCUGGCUGUCGGUGUGCUCGUCCAGCGGUGGCCCGAGAGAAAACUGACCGUUGGAGGCAGCAGAAAAGCGGGCGAGUGCCCCCCGAACCGCCUCUGCGUUCAGGCUCUGCUGCUGGCUGUGGUCAGGGGACUGACGGACAAGAGGUGUUGCCUGCAGAUGCUGGAUCUCAGUGGACUUCAGUGUGAGAAUGGGAGAGUUGAGGACUCGAUGGGUGGAUGGUCCCUCAGUGUAGCCUUGUGCUCAAUGGUGCUACAAGCUCGAUCUGCUGCCUCCAGGGCUCACAGGAGACAUGGAGAAAGAGAGAGAAAAAGAGGACUGGAAGCAGAACGUGACCAGGGCACCAUCAAGCGAGACCGGGGGAAAGUAGGGUGCGGCAAUAGUGGUGAAGGGAGUCAGGGAGGACACAGAGUGGAAGAAGUAGAGAAGAUGCAGUGCAGAACUAAUGAACGGAUGUUUCUAGGAGAUGAGUCAGUGAAGGGUGUCAGGAGGAGGAUGGAGAUCCAGAGAAGAAAGACUUUAUCUGAGGGGAAUUCAAACACCACCAGUAAUAACAGUAGUUUAUGCGACCAAGGCUGGGAUGAGGUAGUUAUGGUCCAUGUUAGGGCUGACCUUUUUGUCAAUUCCCGUUCCUGGGAGCGUGUCCGUGAUGCUCUUAGUCAACCAGGCCCACUGCGGCUCCACUGCCGCUACCUCAGCGUGGAGGAACUCUCAGCGCCCUCCAUAGCUUCCUUGUUGGGUCUCUUGCCUCAGCGGGGUCUCCUCGGUGUGGACAUCCGCUACUCCAGCCUUGGGGUGUCAGGCCUGGCUAUGCUGCUUCCACUUUUAGCUCCCUUUCCACAGCUGCACUCUCUGAGGCUGCAUUAUUGUAACUUGGACUUACAGCGCGCACAGCUUGGCCAACAGGGGGCACUUCAGGACAUGUCUAAAGGACUGGGUUCACUGAAGAGACUAAAGAGAUUAUGCCUGACUGCACUCCGACUGCCAGGACACCUGCGCUUGCUGCUCAGCUCUCUUUCCCAGCCUCUGGAGGUGCUAGAGCUCCCAUACCUGUGCCUGACCUCCCCUGACCUGGCCUUCCUCUCCUGCAGCCAGCAUGCUCCAUUCCUGAGAGAACUUGACCUGAGUGAGAACUGGCUUGAUGAAUCGUCCCUGCCCUCUCUGCGCCGUCUCUUAGCUCAAGCCGAAAGCUCUCUGCGCCAGCUUUCACUUUGUGGUUGCGGCCUCUCAGACACUCUCCUGGGUGCUCUUCUUCCCUCCCUGUCCUGCUGUCGGGCUUUACGUAGCUUAAGACUGGCCUUAAACCCGCUCUCAAGAACGGGACUGCUUUCCUUGACCCAUACAGCGGCAGGAAUCCCAUCUCUUCGUCUGCUGCUCUAUCCCAACCCGCUGGAAGAAUAUGAGCCUGGGCUGCCGGCUCUCCCCUCCAGUGCUCAGCUGCUGGAUUGGCCUCUGCUAGAGGAGUCUGAGGGCAGGGACUUGACACUGAGGUUGCUUGAUGAGGUUCUGAACUUGAGAGAUCGAUCCCGGGACCUUCUUGUGACCUCUGACCUUCUAAACUAUAGCCCAGACUUGACUGUGGAUGAAUAGGGGGUGAAUGUCCAAGAGCUCAAUCUCUUAAUGUGUGACAAUCAAAACUGUGCUUAAACUAGUACUUUCAGAUUAUGUUUUAACCACUCAUGGGGAAUUACUUCUGGUUGCCAAGCUUUUUCAGUAAUAGCAAACCUUAUUCUAAUAUUGCAUAUACACAGAGUCAUAUAAAAAGUCUUGCUAGUGGCAACCUUAGCAUUAUAUUGUAUGCAGCUUCUCACAUGAAAUGAUUUUGACUUUGUUUGCUGUGUUAUGUGUAAUGUAUGGGUUUUAUUGUCUUAAAUUGUACUGUAAUAGGGCAAUGUACCAACAGAAGGAACCGAGACACCUCUUAAAUUUUUUUUAAACUAAAUUUGUGUUGGCUUUUCUAUGCUUGUUGAAUUUUCUAUGCUACCAAAAAAACAUUUUUUUUUUUUGUUUUAUUUUUGUGUGAACAUUUUAAAAUGUUCAGGUUCUGUUGUGUGAAACACUUUUCAAUCUUAUCUGCUUUCUCAAAAGUCUAAUUUCUAUUGACAGUGUUUAACGUCUCAUGAAGGAAAUCAAGACCUAAGGGAAAAUUUACUGGAAAAUGAAAAACUCACCCUCAAGUCAUUCCAUAUAAUCUAUAUGAUUUUAUGACUUCAUAAAAAAACAUUCAGAAAGAAUUUCCAUUUCUAGUUGAACUGUCCUUUGAUGACUAUGAUGUUCAAUUAAUGUUCACAGACACAGAAUUUAACUGGGUUCCCAUUGUUUUUACAUUGCAGUUUUCUGACAUAAUUAUUUGUUCUGGAAAAUAUUUUAAUAUUUAAUAAUUUAAUUUGAUUUAAAACUUUAAUAUUUUGUACAAAUUUGUAUUAUUUUGUCACUGUCAGUGGUUGCGCAGUGUAAAACAUUGUCAGAAGGCUAUCUUGAAUGAUGUUGUUGUAUUAUUGUCUUGGUACAUUUAAUUUACUGUCGUUUUUUAUUAUACUUUGACAAAAUAUCUUAAGUAUUAAUAUACUGCAAA